ACUGUCAGUGUGUUUGUGUCCCGCGUUGCACGCGCGCGCGUCUGUGUGCGUACCCACUCAUGGCAGCGGACUAUGACGGCUCGUAGAUUUGACAGCUAGCUCAAUGCGGGUUCAGACGUUCAUUAUACACCGACCGAUGUAAUAUCGUGAAAUUGUUGACAGUUUAUUUACGUGCGAAAAGGACAGUGGUGCCGUGUGAAGUUUAGCCAAAAAUUCCGUUGUGAUAUAUUUAAUUGCAAGUUUUCGCGCGAACUUGAACUUGACUUCCGCCAAGUCCAGUUUCCCGAUUGAUAUGUGACAUGCCCGUUUCAAGUAUUUAUUUAUCAUGUUCGCAAUUAGAUGCGCUUCGUUGAAAAUCGUUCUAAGGGGCAACGGAAUGAAUAAAAUAUCGCUAGCGAUUUGGUGGUCCCAACUAGACGGAAUGGUAACUCUAUUUGAGGAGUUGAAAAAAUAAAUUGGACACUAAUGAGACGAGUUGGAGUACACCGAUUAAUUAUGACAAGAAUGAGGUGAUAUUCGAAAUUAUCGUUAAUUUUCGAAUAAUAGUGAUGUGAAGAUAGAAAACAUUAAUCUUAAGAACCAGUGCGAGUUUAGUUUUUGACAUUUUAUUACGUAGUAUUUAGCAAUUUAAUUUUUUUUAUUUCUUUAAUAUAAUAGUUUUGGAUAACCGUUCCUUUCAAUGGAUUAAGUGGAUUAUUAAUUGAUUCGCCGAGUUUCUGAUGAGGAUACACCGUCCGCUGGUACAUCGUGAAACAACUUCAGUGGGAUCAAUCGCUGCUGUGUAGUGAAUGGAAUCCGAAGUGCUUGUGUAGUGACUGAUAGCGUGAUAGUGUCGGCCUUAGUGGCCGAAGUCCUGCGACGGAAGAUACGGACGCGAGCCACGCGGGCUGCGGGCCCGCGAUGAGCGCUAACAACUGCGACAGCAUGACAUAUUUCUCAAACGCUUACAUGCCAGACAUGAGGAACGGUGGUGGACACGAUCAUCAACAAGCACAUGCGCACUAUGGCGCUGUGCCACAGCAGGGACACGAGAUGGAGGGAUGCGACCAGCAGCUCAGGCCGGCGCAGCAUCAUUACCCCGCGCAGCCAGCACCUGGAAUGCCUUACCCAAGGUUUCCACCCUAUGACAGGUUGGGGUAUUAUCAACAAAUGGAACAAAAUGGAUACCGGCCUGAUAGUCCAUCUCAGAUGGGACACAUGGGUCCAAAAACAGAUGGUUACGGCCCAAAUGGUCAUCAACCCCCAACUCCUGCAGUCUACACGUCUUGCAAGCUACAGGCAGCAGCAGCUACGGCUGGUGGAGUGCCUGGAAGUCCCCCUUUGGAGCAGGCACAGCAGAUGCCGCAUCACAUGCAUCCCCAGCAACAUAUGGCCCAGCAUGGGAUGCCACCACACCAGCAACACCUCAUGUACCCUGUGGACGACAUGCAGCAUCAGACACAGAUGCCUCCCAUGCAUCAGCAGUCAAUGCACGCGCAACAGGCACCUCCUCAACAACCCCCGCCAAAUACCAAUGCGUCGCUGCCCAGUCCACUUUACCCUUGGAUGCGAAGUCAGUUCGAACGGAAGCGGGGACGGCAAACGUAUACCCGGUACCAGACGCUCGAACUUGAGAAGGAGUUCCACUUCAACCGGUACCUGACGCGGAGGAGACGAAUCGAGAUAGCGCACGCGCUGUGCCUCACCGAACGCCAGAUUAAAAUCUGGUUCCAGAACCGGCGCAUGAAGUGGAAGAAAGAAAACAAGACCAAAGGCGAGCCCGGCUCCGGAGACGAACCGGACAACAUGAGUCCGCCCACCUCGCCACAGUAAAAGCCUUUAGCUUAGUCGAUGGUCCGAGUGAAGGAUCGGUCCGUUUCAGAUUUAACCCAACGACACUGAGUUGGUUUGUGUCCAUUUAUUUUCAUAUAACGUUGAAUUUUGUGCACCGGAAUGAUGAAUCUGAAACGAUCGAUCCGGCGGCCGAAGUUACUAGAUCAGUUUAAUUUGUAUAAAUUGUAUGUUGGACUUUUCAUGAUAAUAUUACAUUAUAACUAAUACGUAACUUAGUGACUUGGCAUAAAGAGUAAUGAUAGUGUGAUGAAGAGAUUUUUACAGUUGUUAAGUAUAAAUUAAUUUAUAGAACAAUCUCAAUACCAAUAAUUACCAAAAAAGCAGUGUCUAUGAUUAGUAAAACUGCAUCAACGCUGAUGUGAUUGUCAACAUUAUGUACCUAGUUUGGAUAUUAUUUAAAAACUGCAGUUAAACAUGUUUCUCUGACAUAUUAUUUCCUUGACGUUAAAACAAAGUGCUUGGUUUUUUUUCUCUCUAUACAUUUUAACAGAUUUCAUGAUGUGAAAUGUACUUAUCGGUUACGGAAAAAAAAUCUCUUUAAUACUAUUAAUUUAUCCGGCUCGAGCACUUUGUAACAAAUUGAUAAAAAAAAAAAAACUAUUAAUAUUGAAUUACAAAACCAUAAGGACCUCUUAUAAUUAACCAUUGAUAAGAAGGCAAUUAGUAACGAUAUUGUUAUUAUUUAAUAUAUUUGAUGUUUUAUUUCUAAUUAAGCUAUCGAAAUGCUAUUUUGUACAUAUAAAAAAAAAUUAUAAUUUUUAGAUUUUAUGAUUAUGUACAAUUGUUUUAGUGUGAAUAAUAUUAUUGAUAUGAACUUGAAAUCAACUAGUUCUCUAAUCGAUCUUACAGGAACUAGUGUUUUUAUUUUGUGAAUCUUCUCUGAUUUUAACUCUUACUUCGUAGUUGGAAAGGCCAGUUCUACAAGUGCAAUGUAUACGAUUUUUCGAUGACACAUAUACGUAAUUAUAACUGAUAAUAAAUUCAUAGGAAGUCUAUUUAAUAUUAUUAUUAAAAGUUGAAAGGGUGAAGCUUGAGAAACUUAACGCACUUUAUUGUAUACGGACGAGAGUUUGUAGCAAUACGAUGAUGAAAAAUUAAACAAAAAAAAACACUUAAAUUCGAGUAUCAUGUAUACAGAGAAAUUCACUUAUAAUUGUAAUUAUUAUAGUGAAACAAAAGUUACCUUCGAUCCGUAGGUGCGGUGGAAUUUACUUUUUAUCUUCAUUUGAACCUAUAUGAGAUGAAUCUAAGUAGGUACGGGAGGGAAGUGUACACAGUAUACCAAAGUUAGAAAAUAAACUGAUUGAUCAGUGAUAUAAAGCCUCGGACACAGAGAGGCGAAUUUUAUUCGGCCAUUUCAAAUUAUACGAGUCUCGGAGACUAGAAUGGUAUUUUUAUAAAAUCAUUGCCUAACGAAACCAAUAUACGUAAAUAUCGAACAUUAAUUAUUUACUUGUAACUUGAUAGUCUUACGAAUAAGUACUGUUGAAACAGAGUGUUGUCUGAGAUGUGGGAAUCGGGAUCCGUUAUACGUUUGUCGAUAUAUUGUAAACUAUUUAUUGUAAAUUGUUUUAUUUUUCACAUAGAUCUUAACUAGAGAAAGUUUUUAAUAAGAACUCAGUGAGCCCGUUUCUUCUUACACAUAAUUUUUAUUUGUGCUGUGUUCGUUAAGUAAUGUAAAUUAAUAAUUGUAUAUUGUCGAUAUUUACAUUAUAUUUAUUUAUUGAUUUUGCUUUAGGUUCGCUAAUUCACGUCUUUAUUAUGAAUUGGACAGUGUCGAUGGCUGUCUGGCUGGGAUGCAUUUUGUUAAUAUGAUUUAAAAUUUGCUCAAAUAUUUUCAAUUUAUAUUGUAUUUAUAUAGUUGAACAAUGUUCGCUUGCGUUUAUCGUUUUAUAACAUUUUAUGGGACAUUGUACCAGAAAUAUAACAAACGUUUUCACUAAGUGCAAUCUGAAUAAAUCCCUUGCCAGAUGGAAUAUAUUUGGUUUGUAAAAUAAAAAAAAAAAAGAAAUAAUAUUAGUUUUAUAAAAUUUAAAUUAAGUUUCGAAUGUUAAGUCUACUGACUGUUCUUGAAUUAAAAAAAAAAAUUAGGUCCGUAGAAAAGUUACUGGGAGCCUAAUUGGAUCGAUUUUAUUUACCAUAAUUUCCUAUCAAUUCAAAAUUUAUGAAAUAUAACUAUAAUUAGUAACUUAAUAAGGUUAGGCGAGACGAUAUUGUCAUAAAUAUAUAAAUACAUGAAAUUAAUAAAGCAUAAUGAUUGUAA